UAUUUAUCGCAACUCGCUCUACGCAUUUGUUUUGUCUGUCUAUAUCGUUGCUCCUCUUGCUUGAUUGAUCUUUCAUUUUAUUCUGAAAUAGUUACAGCUUAGCACGGCCCACGCAUUUUAAUUGAUAGCACGUCCACCUCCCUCGGCAUCAUGCCGAACCUUAUCCUCCGCGCCUCUUUGCGCUCAUCACGCCAUUGCUGGGGUUCAGCUGUCGCAACGAAAGCAUGGAUUAGAUACUCGUCCAGUCGUUCCACGCCCACUGUAGCCCUGCUUUAUCAGGCCAUCGAUCCGCCUGUCAUCAAUGGCGUCCGCAAACCCCGGAAGCCAGGAGGCUACCAAGACUCCGGAGCUGACAUCGCCUACACCCUCCGAACAAAAGGCGUCAACGUCAUUACUCCAAGCAGUUCCCCGCAGGAGUCGUCCCACGAGGGCUGGUGCUUCCCCGACACAGAAGAGGGCAUCUGCUCCGCCGUUCAGCAAGGCGUCACUCAUCUAUGGGCAAACACGAUCCUAUUCUCCUCUCAUCCCCUCCAAACCUCCCAGAAACUAGACGCGCACGCCUCGGCCCUCCACGUCGUGGGCCAACCACCCAGCCUGGUCGAGAAAUUCGACGACAAGGCCUACCUGAACGGCAAAUUGCGGGAACUGGGCGGGUUUACUCUGCCUCGCUCAUGGAUGGUCAGCGAGUCAGAUGAUCUGGACAAGCUGGCCGCCACUAUCGAUCGAUAUCCCGUGGUGGGAAAGCCCGUUCGUGGUCGCGGCAGCCACGGCGUCAAGGUGUGUGCUGAUCCGGCCGAGCUGAAAUCUCACGUGCGGACACUGCUUGGGGAGUCUCCUCUCGUCAUGCUGGAGGAGUUUCUGGAGGGAGAGGAGGCGACUAUUACGGUCAUGCCGCCGUCGCCGGGUCGUCCUCGGCACUGGAGCACCUUGCCUGUUGUGAGAUUCAACCACGCGGAUGGAAUUGCGCCGUACAGUGGCGUUGUCGCGGUGACUGCCAACUCUCGGGUCGUUUCGGAGGAAGAGGCGAAGGAUCCUGCGUUUGGGGAUAUUAUGGAUCAGUGUGCGAAGGUCGCAGAACUUAUUGGGGCGACGCCACCUAUCCGGGUGGACAUAAGGCGGUUCAGCAAGGAUUCUUCCUUCGCGCUCUUCGACAUCAACAUGAAGCCGAAUAUGACUGGUCCCGGACGUCCGGGGCGCGAAGAUCAGGCCAGUUUGACGGCUCUUUCGGCGGCUGCUCUUGGCUGGGAUUAUGGGACUUUGCUGAAGAAUAUUCUGCAGACGGCUCAGCCUUUAGACGUGUUUCGAAGGUAUCGCAGUCCAUUUUAAGUGUGGCCAGGUCCUUUGAAAUAAGUUAUGUACAUAAGUUCGUUUGUUAUUGGAAAAUAUAGCUAUCGUACCCGCUAU